AUGGAAAAAAGUGAAAAAUUUCAGGAAUUGAUUUUUCCUGAAGAUGUGAUAAAAGAAAGAAGAAAAUUGUCCUAUGACUGUGAUAUCUGUAAAAAGUCAUUCUCUCUAAAAGGUAACUUGACUAAACACAAACGUAUUCAUACAGGAGAGAAGCCAUAUCAUUGUGAUAUUUGUGGUAAAUCAUUCUCACGGAUUGACGACUUAACUAAACAUAAACGUAGUCAUACAGGGGAAAAACCUUAUCAUUGCAAUACCUGUGGUAAAACUUUCUCUGUAAGCAGUGGCUUAGCCUCUCACAAACGUACUCAUACAGGGGAGAAACCAUGUCAGUGUGAUAUCUGCGGUAAAUCAUUUUCUCAAAGUAGUCACUUGAUAAUACACAUUCGAAUUCAUACAGGAGAGAAGCCAUAUGUCUGUGACAUAUGUGGUAAACCAUUCUCUCAAAGUUCCAUCUUAACUAUACACAAACGUAUUCAUACAGGAGAGAAGCUGUAUCACUGUGAUAUCUGUAGUAAAUCAUUCUCUCAAAGUUUUGCCUUAACUAAACACAAAUAUCUUCAUACAGGGAAGAAACCAUUUCACUGUGAUAUCUGUGAUAAAUCAUUCUCUGUAAAUAGUCUCUUUACUGAACACAAACGUAUUCAUACAGGAGAGAAGCCAUUUCACUGUGAUGUCUGUGGUAAAUCAUUCUGUCAAAGUUCUGUCUUAACUAAACACAAACGUUGUCACACUGGAGAAGAGCCAUAUCAGUGUGAUAUCUGUGGUAAAUCAUUCUCUGGAAGUAGUGGCAUAGUUAGACAUAAACGUAUUCAUACAGGAGAGAAGCCAUAUCACUGUGACGUCUGUGGUAAAUCUUUCUCUGUAAGUUGUCACUUACUUGAACACAAGCGCAUUCAUACAGGAGAGAAGCCAUUUCACUGUAAUAUCUGCGAUAAAUCAUUCUCUGUAAAUAGUGCCUUAACUAAACACAAACGUAUUCAUACAGGAGAGAAGCCAUACUUGUGUGAUAUCUGUGGUAAAUCAUUCUCUCGGAGCAGCAACUUAAAUACGCAUGUACGCAUUCAUAAAGUGGUAUGACUGCAUCCAUGUUAAAUUCAUAGCAAACAUUUUAAGCUCCAUCUAAACUGGGGGUUGCGCUGUGUGUUUUAGCAACAUUAAUAACUUAUCCUCUCAUUGUGUCUCUCAUUUUAGGCAGUCAUUUACAGAUGGUAGACCUUUCCAGACACCAACUGCUUUAUCCCCCUUUUACAGCAUUGCAGAUUUACUGUCAAAAUUCCUUCUAUGUAAAACAAUACCACCCAUGUAAAGGGUAAAGACCCCUUUCAGGCCUGAAUGACCAUGGAAUUGUACCUAGGAAAUUCCCCUUCGGGGCACAAGUUCAUGCGAGGUUGUUUGUGGAAGACCAGCAGUCAGUUGUGCACACCAGCCUCCCCUCUCCACACCACUGAUGUUAUUUAAGGGAAAGGCAAAGGCUGAUACAGCUUGGUACCCGUGACGUCACAACUCAUUUCUACAGCUGAGUGAACUGGAGGAAUGUGAAAUAAAGUGCCUUGCUCAAGAACACAACACACAACCUAAUCUGGGAAUUGAACUCACUAUUUCAUGAUAGUGAGCCCAAUGCUCUAACCACUGAGCCACUCACAUAAGAAAAGCAAAUACAACAGCGUUUGACAACAACCGCCCAACACUAAAUUUUAUGUUGCUACAAAUAUAGUGAGACUUUAUCCUUGUUUUAUUUUUAAUAAAAGUAAUUUUUCCCAGAUUUUGAAUUUGUGGUGCAAGAAUUUUGGUAAAGUGUUUGUUGAAAACAGUAUUACUAUAUUUGUGGUGAGUUAUAAUUAAUAAAGCUUAAAU